GGGGGAGGAGGAAGAGCGCCACUUCCGGGAGGGAGUCAGUCCUCCGAGGGAUGCAGCUGCAGGCCCCAUUAGUUCUCCUGGUCUACCCGCUUUGAAUAUUAUUUGAGAGAAGAGGUGGACACAUCUUCAUCCAGUUUGGAGGCAGCCUUGAUGGACAGAACCAAGAUGGAAGGGCAAGAGCCAGCUGCCGCCCACUUAGAAGUAUUUUCUGCUGCUGUUGAGGGAGAAAACAAUAGAGUGUUCCGGGAGGACCCUUGGACGAAAUACCGGGAGAGCAAUCUGCUCCAUUCAGACCUUCCGCACCAGGGCUUCCGGCAUUUCCGCUACGAGGAGGCCUUGGGGCCCCGAGAGGUCUGCAGCGAGCUCCACUCUCUGUGCCGCCUGUGGCUGAAACCCGAGCAACACUCCAAGGCGGAGAUGCUGGACCUGGUGAUCCUGGAGCAGUUCCUGAGCAUCCUUCCUCCAGAGAUGGAGCGCUGGGUGAGGGAAUGUGGGGCAGAGAGCAGUUCCCAGGCUGUGGCUUUGGCUGAAGGAUUCCUCCUGAGUCGGGCGGAAGAGGAGAGGAAGCGGGAGAAGCCCCAGGUGCAGGACUCUUUUGCAGAUGAGUCAAAUGAAGCAGAGAAGUCUCUUUCGGAGACCGUUUGCGUUGUCCAGAUUGGAGAUGGAGACUAUAUCACAGUUGGCUAUGAAACAUGGCCAAGUGAUAGUAGCACAUCUUUUCCUGAUUCCUUGCUAAGAAGAGAUCCUGCGGGACCAGAUCAGGUGACCUUUGAAGACGUGUCUGUGGAUUUCACGGAGGAGGAGCGGGCCCUGCUGGAUCCAAGCCAAAAAGCCUUGCACCAGCAAAUCAUGGAGGAGAAUUUAGAGAUUGUGUCAUCUCUGGAGGAAGAAGAGCUCACUUCUCAUCAAGAAAUGAACGCAGAUGAUAAACCAUUUAAAUGCUUGGAAUGUGGAAAGAGCUUCUGGCACAAGAGAUACCUUAUUCGUCACCAAUCAAUUCACUCAGGAGAGAAACCAUUCAAAUGCUCGGAGUGUGAGAAGAGCUUCAGUCAAAAGGCAAUUCUUAUUCGUCACCAGGCAACUCACACAGGGGAGAAACCAUUUAUAUGCUGGGAGUGUGGAAAGAGCUUCAGCCAGAAGUCAAACCUUCAUGUUCAUCAGGCAACUCACUCAGGAGAGAAACCAUUUAUAUGCUCCGAGUGUGGGAAGAGCUUCUGCCGAAAGACACACCUUGUCCGUCAUCAGGCAACUCACACAGGAGAGAAACCAUUUACAUGCUCCGAGUGUGGAAAGAGCUUCAGUCGGAAGGCAUGCCUCAUUCUUCAUUAUGGAACACACACAGGAGAGAAAGCAUACAUAUGCUCAGAGUGUGGAAAGAGCUUCAGUCAGAAGGCACACCUCAUUUUUCAUCAGUCAGCUCACACAGGAGAGAAACCAUUUAAAUGUUCAGAGUGUGGAAAGAGCUUCUGUCGGAAGUCGCACUUCAAUCGUCACCAGGCCACUCACACUGGAGAGAAACCAUUUACAUGCUCGGCGUGUGGAAAGAGCUUCACUCUGAAGGCAGACCUUGUUCGUCAUCAGUCAACGCACACAGGAGAGAAACCAUUUGUAUGCUUGGAAUGCGGAAAGAGAUUCAGUCAGAGAUCACACCUUGUUUUUCAUCAGGGAACUCACACGGGAGAGAAACCAUACAAAUGCUCGGAGUGCGAAAAGGGUUUCCGUCGGAAGGCAGACCUCCUUCAUCAUCAGUCAACUCACAUAGAGUUUCAGUCAGAAAACACACCUUUUUCAUUAUCAGUCAACUCACACAAUGAAGAAACCAUUUAUAUGCUUGGAAUGUGGGAAGAGUUGCAGUCAGAAGAUAAACCUUGUAAUCCUCGGACCUCGGGAGGUGUUGUCAUCUGCAAGGAUUUGAAACUGAGGCCUUGCCUUGAAUGCUCCUUUCAGGACUGGCAAUUAGUGCUAAAGGGGAGGGAUGCUGGUGAUGAGGGGCUGGGCCAGGAGGUAGAGGAGCAGGGCCUCCACCAGAUGGUAGAGCAAGAGUCAGCUGGCCUCCAGUUAGAAACAUUUCCUUCUGCUUUUGAGGAAGAGAAAGGAGGAGUAUUAUGGGAGGAUCCUUGGAAGAAAGACUUGAAAAGCAAUCUGCUCCAUUCAGACCUUCAUUGCCAACACUUCCGGUGUUUCCGCUAUGAGGAGGCCUUGGGGCCCCGAGAGGCCUGCAGCCGCCUCCACUCUCUCUGCCGCCUGUGGCUGAAGCCCCAGCGACACUCCAAGGCGGAGAUGCUGGACCUGGUGAUCCUGGAGCAGUUCCUGGCCGUCCUUCCUGCAGAGAUGGAGCGCUGGGUCAGGGAAUGUGGGGCAGAGACCUGUUCCCAGGCCGUGGCCUUGGCUGAAGGCUUCCUCCUAAGUUGGACAGAAGACAAGAAGGAGGACAAGCCACAGGAGCUGGACUCUUUUUCAGAUGGCACCAAUGAGGUGGAGAAGUCUCUUUUGGACACCAUUUGCACUGUCCAGGUUGGAGACCGGGAAUUCAUCACAGCUGGUAAAGUGCAGGAUUCUUUUGCAGAUGAGACCAAUGAGGUGGAGGAGUCUCUUUCGGACACCAUUUGCGUGGUCCAGAUUGGAGAUGGAGAAUUUUUCACAGUUGGCUAUGAAACAUGGCCGAGUGAUAGUAGCACCACUUUUCAUGAUUCCUUGCUAAGAAGAAAUUCUGUGGGACCAGAUCAGGUGACCUUUGAAGAUGUGUCUGUGGAUUUCACAGAGGAGGAGUGGGCCCUCUUGGAUCCUGACCAAAGAACCUUGCACCAGCAAGUCAUGGAGGAGAAUUUAGGGAAUGUGUCCUCUCUGGAGGCGGCAUCAUUUAAAUGUGCAAAAUAUGGAAAUACUUUCAGUCAGAAGAAAAAACUCGCCUGUCAUCAGGCAACUCACACAGGAGAGAAACCAUUUAUAUGCUUGCAGUGUGGAAAGAGCUUCAGUCGGAAGUCAAACCUUGAUCGUCAUCAGUCAACGCACACAGGGGAGAGACCAUUUAUGUGCUCAGAGUGUGGAAAGAGCUUUAGUGAGAAGAGGAUUCUUAAAAAUCAUCUAAGCUGUCACAUUGAAGAGAAACCAUUUAAAUGCUCAGAGUGUGGGAAGAGCUUCUGUCAGAAGGCAAACCUUGCUUGUCAUCAAGCAAUUCACACAGGAGAGAGACAAUUUAAAUGCUCAGACUGUGGAAAGAGCUUCAGUCAGAAGGCAAACCUUGUCCGUCAUCAGGCAACUCACACAGGAGAGAAACCAUUUAUAUGCUCAGACUGUGGAAAGAGCUUCUCUCAGAGGUCACACCUUGUUUUUCAUCAGAGAAAACACACAGGAGAAAAAUCAUUUACGUGCAUAGAGUGUGGAAAGAGCUUCUAUCGAAAGGCACACCUUGCUGUUCAUCAGGUCACUCACACAGGAGAGAAACCAUAUAUGUGUUCAGACUGUGGAAAGAGCUUCGGUCGGAAAGCACAGCUUGUUCGUCAUCAAUCAACUCACACAGGGGAGAAACCAUUUAUAUGCUCAGAGUGUGGAAAGAGCUUCCGUCAGAAGUCACACCUUGUUGUCCAUGAGAGAAGCCACACAGGAGAAAAGCCAUUUAAAUGCUUGGAGUGUGGAAAGAAUUUCUGCCGAAAGGAAUACCUUGUUGUUCAUCAGGCAGCACACAGAGGAGAGAAACCAUUUAAAUGCUUGGAGUGUGGAAAGAGCUUCUGUCGAAAAGCACAUCUUGCUGUUCAUGAGGCAGCGCAUAGAGGAGAGAAACCAUUUACAUGCUUGGAGUGCGGAAAGAGCUUCUCUCGAAAGGCACACCUUGCUGGUCAUCGGACAAUUCACACAGGAUAGAAACCAUUUGUAUGCUCUGAGUGUGGAAACAGCUCCAGUAAGAAUGCUUGUGCUGCAGAAAGAGCUUCAUUUGGGAGAAUGUAGCAGCCCACACAGGUGGAAAAGUGUCUGAAUAUGCUGUAGGUACUGGCUUGUUCAGUAGACUCUCCUCUACAGCCUUAAAAGAUAUCUCUCUUGUCAUCUAGCAACUCACACAGGUGAGAAAGUUUGUAAGUUUCUAGAUGACCUAGUUAUCCGCAAACCAGAUCAACAAUUGGGUCACACCGUCUACAGAAAACCCACACACACAGAUAGAUAUCUACAUAAAAACUCCAACCAUCACCCAAGUCAAAAAAGAAGCACCAUUAAAGCUUUGGCAGACCGUGCAAAAAGAAUCUGCGAAGCCCACCUCCUCCAAGAUGAACUGAACCACCUCAACUGGGCUCUACAGGCCAAUGGAGACUCCACCUC